GAGAGGACCUUUAAAGAAGGAAUGCUAAGGUUGAAUGAGUAAUGAAGCGUAUGAGUCUGUGGGUGCGCGUGUGAGAGGCUAUGGGAGGGGUGAUAUGCAGCCCCCUCCUGGUUGGCGCGGUCGCGCACACAGCAGCAUCACUACCAGGCGCAGCGUCGUUACCAUCAUCAUCAUCAUCAGGAGCGGCAGCCGCAGCAGUAGCAGCACAGACGUUCUCCUUGGAAUACUGGGAAUGUUCCGUCGUCACCUGUAGCUUCCAGACACACACGCAUGCGCGCACGGACGCUCGCCCAGAAAGGAUGGCUCGCGCCGAGCCACGGCCGCGGCCGAGUCACCAGCACCGAGCACCGCUCCGUCCCAGUCCAGGUGGCGCGGCCCGGACCAGCUGAAAAGGAAGAGAGGGCAGAAAGGAGGAGGAGGAGAUCCCCUGAGAAGGAGAGACGGACAGACAGUCUGAGCCACGCUGGGGGAAAGGAAGCAAAAAUUCAUCAUUCCAAAUAAAUACGGGAACACAUUUGUAGGAUAUUGACAUCCCGAACAGAGUGUCCAAAUGAAUCCCAUGACUCAGCUCUACUACAAGAAGGCGACGUACUCGCCAUAUCGCGACCGCAUCCCGCUGCAGAUCGUGCGGGCUGAGGUCGAGUUGUCGGCGGAGGAGCGCGCCUACCUCACGGCGGUGGAGAAGGGCGACUACGCGGGUGUCAAACAUGCGCUCCGAGAAGCGGAGGUCUACUACAACAUGGACGUCAACUGUCUGGACCCGCUUGGCCGCAGCGCGCUGCUCAUCGCCAUCGAGAACGAGAACCUGGAAAUCAUGGAGCUACUUCUUGACCAUGGCAUUUACACUGGUGACGCCCUUCUCUACGCCAUUAGGAAGGAGGUGGUGGGCGCCGUGGAGUUGCUGCUGUCGCAUCGACGGCCGAGUGGCGAGAAGCAGGUUCCCUCACUGAUGAUGGACAGCCAGUUUUCAGAAUUCACCCCCGACAUCACUCCUAUCAUGCUCGCCGCUCACACAAACAACUACGAGAUCAUCAAGCUGCUGGUGCAGAGGAAGGUCACUAUUCCCAGGCCUCACCAGAUCCGAUGCGACUGUGUGGAGUGUGUCUCUAGUUCAGAGGUGGACAGCCUACGCCACUCGCGUUCUCGGCUAAACAUUUACAAGGCCUUGGCGUCACCCUCGCUCAUCGCGCUGUCCAGCGAGGAUCCCAUUCUGACGGCCUUCAGACUGGGCUGGGAACUGAAAGAACUCAGCAAGGUGGAGAACGAGUUCCGUCAGGAGUACGAGGAACUGUCACAGCAGUGCAAACGUUUUGCCAAAGACCUUCUGGACCAGGCCAGGAGUUCCAGAGAGCUGGAGACAAUUCUGAACCACCGGGACAGCGACCAGAGCGAGGAACUAGACCCCCGACAGUGCCAUGACCUGGCUAAACUCAAACUGGCCAUCAAAUACCACCAAAAAGAGUUUGUGGCGCAGCCAAACUGUCAGCAGCUGUUGGCCACCUUGUGGUACGACGGCUUCCCGGGAUGGAGGCGGCGCCACUGGGUGGUCAAGCUGGUCACCUGCUUCAUCAUCGGACUCCUGUUCCCAGUCUUCUCAUUGAUCUACUUGCUAGCUCCAAAAGGCGCACUGGGUCGCUUCAUCAAGAAGCCCUUCAUCAAGUUUAUCUGUCAUACGGCGUCCUACCUGACCUUCCUCUUCCUGCUCCUGUUGGCCUCGCAGCACAUCGCCCGCACCAACCUACACAUGCAGGGCCCGCCGCCCACCAUCGUGGAGUGGAUGAUUCUGCCGUGGGUGCUGGGAUUCAUCUGGGCAGAGAUAAAGGAGAUGUGGGACGGCGGCUUCACAGAGUACAUCCAUGACUGGUGGAACCUGAUGGAUUUUGCCAUGAACUCUCUCUACCUGGCAACUAUAUCACUGAAAAUAGUGGCCUACGUUAAGUACAACUCGUCUCGGCCCAGGGAAGAGUGGGAGAUGUGGCACCCAACUCUAAUCGCCGAGGCUCUGUUUGCCAUCGCCAACAUCUUCAGCUCGCUGCGACUCAUCUCACUCUUCACCGCCAACUCGCACCUCGGGCCCCUGCAGAUCUCACUGGGGAGGAUGCUGCUAGACAUCCUCAAGUUCCUCUUCAUUUACUGCCUGGUGCUGCUGGCGUUCGCCAACGGCCUAAACCAGUUGUACUUCUACUACGAGACCACCGCGUCCGAGGAGCCCAACAACUGCAAGGGGAUCCGCUGCGAACGGCAGAACAACGCCUUCUCGACGCUCUUUGAGACUCUGCAGUCACUCUUCUGGUCCAUAUUUGGUCUGCUCAACCUCUAUGUCACCAACGUAAAGGCUCGCCACGAGUUCACCGAAUUCGUGGGAGCCACAAUGUUUGGGACGUACAACGUGAUCUCGCUGGUGGUUCUCCUCAACAUGCUCAUCGCCAUGAUGAACAACUCGUACCAGCUCAUCGCCGACCACGCCGACAUCGAGUGGAAGUUCGCCCGCACCAAGCUGUGGAUGAGCUACUUUGACGAAGGAGGAACACUGCCGCCUCCGUUCAACAUCGUUCCCAGCCCCAAAUCUAUCUGGUACCUUCUCAUGUGGCUCCACAACAAGCUGUGCGGGCCGGGCCAACCCCCCGGGGAGGACCCGCACAAGUGCGAGAACCUGCGAGAGUUCACGGAGCGUCAUGCCGACAGCUUGAUACAGAACCAGCAUUACCAGGAGGUGAUCCGGAAUCUGGUGAAGAGAUAUGUGGCCGCCAUGAUCCGAAGCGCCAAGACGGACGAAGGCCUGACGGAGGAGAAUUUUAAGGAGCUGAAGCAGGACAUCUCCAGUUUCCGCUACGAGGUCCUCGAUCUCCUGGGCAACCGGCGUCCUCCUCGCCGACACUACUCUUCUUCCAGCGACAUGGCGCGUGACGACGGGGGCGUGGCGUCCGAGGACGACAGCGAGCCCGGCGACGCUUGCCAGAAGUCGAAAGGCGUGACUUUCACCGUGCCGCUGGAGGAGGACGACCGCCAGCCGACCCCUACGCUCGGAGUCUCCGCCUUGGUGCGCUCCAUUUCCGGGAUGAGCCGCGUGGAGCACGAAGGCGAGGAGGAAGGCGUGUGCUUCGGGGAGGAAGGGGAAGAAAAACCAAAGAGCAACGGUUUAAAGACCGCGGCGGUCCCGCCUCCCGACGCCCUACCCUCGCCGUUGUCGUUCUCCUCCUCGCUCUCCACCUCGCUCGCUCGCACCAAGAGCCGCCUUCAGCGGCUGUCGGCGCCGACGACCAAGGCGGACUCCUUCAAGCGCCUGUCUUUCCUUUUCUCCCGUUCUAAGCGCUCCGCCCUGCCCCUCCAAUCCCCGCCCUCCUACACCAUUUCCGACGGGCUGCUCCUACCGCGAGGGGGCCGCUCAGACUUGGGGCUGGGCCACGUGACCAGAAGCGAGACCCACCUGAACGAGGUGGGCCGCUCGGCGGACGCUUCCUUCUCUCCGCGGAGAACAAACGGACGUGACGCGCUCCUGACGCUGCCCCCGCCCCCUCCUUGUCCCUGCCAGUCGCUUCACUGCACGUCCAACAUGUCGGAAUCCAGCGCACGCCUCCUGGACUCUAGCGAGGACGUUUUUCAGGGCGGCGGCUUGGAAGCGGCGGCCGGAGGCGGGGUAAUGAUGAUGAUGGGCGGGUGGGUGGGGCCCUGCGACGACGUUAUCGAGGACAGCUGCGAGGUCGUGGAGGACUCGGUCAGCACACAACUAUAGAAGCGCGUUUGGCUGGCCUGAAUUUUUCUUUGCUCCUACAUUGCACAGGGAUAAAGUCUGGAUUUACAUUGCGGGUCUCAUUUUAAGCCCAAAUCCCAUUUUUACCCAUGAAACAAAUCCCAUAUCACUGUGUAUACAUUUCCCGAACACAUGACCCGCAUGCGCGCGCCCUCCACACGCACGUUAAUACCUACACAGACACCUCGAAUGUACAGUACACAUUAACAUCCAUGUUUCAUAUUGCCAAUGUACACCAUAUUUAAUGAUAUAUGGUUUUGCUGUGGUUUACAGCAGUUUAAGUCAAUGCAUUUGUUUUUGGGGCACUUUGACGACAGGAGAUCCAACCGUUGGCUCGAUCUCUGUCUAAUAAUGUACCCUGCCUUGGCUCAUAUCUGAAUUGUGGCACUUGUUAGCCAAAACAUUCUUGUACCAUAUUGUGUAAAUCCAGGCUUUGGCGAAUUUGCCAUUGGGGAAAAACAAGGCUGUUUUUUUACACCAGCCGGUUUGCCGUCCACGUCAGAGUGAGUUCAUGGCGUUUGCAUGGUCUUCCCCAAACAUUUUUUUCCUAGGAACUAUGAAACAUGCAUGUCAGCUUCAUUGAAAACUCAAAAUGACGUGAGUGCUUGUUUGUGGCGACCGAUCCAGGGUGAAAACUGCCUCUGGAAAACGAAAGAAUGGACGUUUUGCUUGAGAAAAGACGUCAUUUGUUUUUCCCCAAGUGCAACAGUCAUAAUUUGUGACGACUUUCCCGCAUCGACAUAUACAGUAAGUGCACGUGUUCGCUCAAACAAUGCGUUAGUUAGCUCAUUUAAUCCAAUCAAGCUAGUUGGCCAUCUUUCCUUUAGUUCUUUUGACUUUUUCAUCUUUCACUUUGCAAUAACACUGCAUUCUAACCAUCAAAUAGCUUUCCCAGAAAACGAGAUAUUGGUGGGAGUCAACCAGCAUCUUUGGGAGCAAGUUUGGACAAAGAUGAUGUCAAAGGCACGGCCCUUUUCCCUUUAACCAUUUAAACGGCCUCCUGCCAGCAUGCCGCUGGAAAUCAAGUACCGGGACUGGUGCGAACGGAGCUUGACGAAACGGAACUGAAAGGACAAACGGAACUCCCGAGUCCCCUGACAACGCUGUGAUAACCUGCACUCGCUUUCUCGUCUGUCUGCACCCAUCAGGGCCACGGAACGACAUUCUACGCCAAUAACACUCAUACUAGUAAUAAUUACACUAACAAUAAUAAUAUAAGGGACUAUUCUGGUUUGUCUUUUGCUUAUUUUUGAGUUGCCUCCAAAGUACGGCUUCUCGUUCAGUUCUUCCUUGACUUUCAAUAAAUCGACCUUGUUGGAUUGGAAGUGGUUGCGUGGCGGGCACGAGUGUGGACGCGCUGCCGGUGGACACUUUUUGCCCAUUUUUAUCUCCAAACAAAAACGCUUUGGAUCAAGUUACUCUUAUUUCCACCAGCAGCAUGGGCAGGGCAACUUAUGCAUGUUUAAUCACGUUAUGACGCACUCACACACGCACACUUUCUAUCAAAACAACAUAUAAUCUUAAAGGGAACUGGAGUGGUGCCUUGACCACGGGUAACAACAUUUUUUAGAAAUGUCAUUGAUUUUUUAAUUUUAAUACAUUUUUUUCCUCACACAUGAUGGAUGUAAGAAUUUGAGGUAUGAGCACUGCAUGGUGGCAGUAAAUUGUCACUUCCACUUUCAAACUAAUAAAAGUCAAUUACUCAA